UCCCGGUUGAGUACAUACCAAACGGAUUUACCCACAUUACGUUAUCAAAGUGGUUAAUGUGCGUGCGAUUAACGUGUGUUAGGAAGCUCUGGCAGAAACAACGUUUUCAAAAUAUGAGAUUUUCGUUGCGAAUUACGGAGCAAAACAACUGCCUGAAUAAUCCGAUGAUUUAAUGGUAUUCAGGUUAUAAAAAGCAUCUGUUCGUUUACAUAAUAACAUGCAUUCACGCUCGGCAAUGUUGCACAAUAUGCAAUAUUGAAUGGUUAAUUAACAUGUGAAUUUAUCAAAGGAUCAUUAAAUAUUUUACAUAUUUCUAUUCAGAAAACAUACGAGUUUUCUUACACAACAAUGUUGGACGUUCAUGCCCUAUCUGUUUGGACAGUGCUGAGUUUCGGUCUGGCUACUGCAGGAAUAUUCGACGCGUUGCCGAACACCCGGCCCAAGGAGCAGUUGCUACAUCACUUCCUGUUACAAGAAAACUCGUACAACAAGGAGAUUAUGCCCGCCGGUAGCACGAUAAAUGGCACGGCCGACAGCAAAUUGACGGUGAAGCUGGGAAUGCGACUGUCACAGCUGCUGGAUGUGUCAGAAAAGUAUCAGAUUCUGACCUCGAACCUUUGGCUCCGACACGAAUGGGUUGAUAACAGACUUCGGUGGGAUCCCAACAAAUAUGGUGGAAUUCAGAUGACAUUUAUUCCAUCUGGAGAAUUAUGGAGGCCUGACAUAGUGCUGUAUAACAAUGCCGAUGGUGAAUUCCAUGUGACCCUGCUUACAAAUGCAAAGGUCUACAACACCGGUCUGAUUGUUUGGGAGCCACCAGCCAUAUACAAAGCUUACUGUCCAAUUAACGUCGAGUACUUCCCUUUUGAUCAGCAAGAAUGCUUCAUGAAGUUCAGUAGCUGGACAUACGAUGGACGCCAGAUCGACCUCCAACAUGUGAGUGGACCUGGUGUAUGGGAACACGAUCAGAUGGUGAUUCCGAAAGGCGUGGAUCUGUGUGACUACUACCAGAACGUGGAAUGGGACAUCAUCAAUGUGACCGCCAGACGCAAGGAGAAGUUCUACCCUUGCUGUCCGGAACCGUAUCCCGACAUUACCUUCAACAUUACCAUUCGGCGACGAACUCUGUUCUACACCAUCAACCUCAUCAUGCCAUGCGUCGCCAUCUCCUGUCUCACCGUGCUUGUGUUUUAUUUACCCAGUGCAUCCGGCGAAAAGAUCGUGUUGGCUAUCUCAAUCCUACUGGCCCUGACGGUGUUCUUUUUGCUGUUGUCCGACAUCAAUCCACCGACAUCCAUCGUAAUACCAUUGUUAGGCAAGUAUCUGCUCUUCACUAUGAUCGUCGUGACGCUGUCUAUAUUCCUGACAGUUAUAACACUUAACAUUCAUUUCCGUUCCCCGGCCACUCAUAAGAUGGACCCAUGGAUUAAAUGGCUGUUUAUUGACACAAUACCGAAGAUCAUUUGCAUGUCAAGGCCAGCAAAACCAAAGAAUGAAUAUAACAUAAUGGAGAUGAAGCAGACGCCUGAAUGUCUUCGACAGUUCCCGGAUGUUGACAGCGACGGGACACGCUUUGGGAAUGUAAGGAACAGAUCUAAGUACAUUUCAAUGGACAGGUAUCCCCAAGAGAUCAAGGAAUCUCUGAAGGCGGUACACUUUAUUGCUGACCGUCUGAACCACCACGAAGCAGAAAUAGCAGAAGAUCGCGACUGGAACUACGUUGCUAUGGUAAUGGACCGGAUCUUCCUGAUUUUCUUUGGCACAGCGUGCGUCUGCGGCACUCUUAGUAUAUUUCUUCUGCAGCCGUCACUCUAUGACUCAAGUCCCGCUUUAACUAAGUCCAAUUUUAAUUGUACAAAAUAGUUUAUAGGUAAUGUGUUACGAACAUGUUUUCUUUCUGUUUUAUAUGAGUUAGAAUGUACUCUGUAACAAGAUGCAACUGUAUAUAGAAUUUUAUUUUUAAAUUAGACUUUUUCAUGGAUAUGCAUCUCAUUCGUUGCAAACCAAACAUAUACAUCUCGUCUAAUUAACCGAUUAUGUUGUAAGAUGUUUAUAAAGGAUCAAACCUUUUUUUUGAAUAUUACUUCUUUCUUUUAUGAUAAAAUAUGACAUUUCUGAAGUGAAAUAACAGCAGUGAAAAUAAACAAAUUGUUAUUUUCAUCGAUAAAAAUAACACAUUUUCGGAAUUCCUUUUUCUAUUUUUAGAUUAUCAUAUUAAGACGUACUUCCC